AUGUUCCGCAGCCUGCUGGUAGCGGCGGCGCAGCGCCCCCAGGCCCCGGGCCCCGGCCCCCCCCGCCCGCCGCCCCCCGGCGGCCCCGCGGCCGAGGCGCUGGAGGCACAGUUCAGCUGCCCCAUCUGCCUGGAGGUCUUCCACCGCGCCGUCGGCAUCGCGGGCUGCGGCCACACGUUCUGCGGGGAGUGCCUGCAGCCCUGCCUCCAGGUGCCAUCCCCUCUCUGCCCGCUCUGCCGCAUGCCCUUCGACCCCAAGAAGGUAGAGAAGGCUUCCAGUGUGGAGAAACAGCUCUCAUCCUACAAGGCUCCCUGCAGAGGCUGCAGCAAGAAGGUGACCCUAGCGAAAAUGCGGUCUCACGUCUCGUCUUGUGCAAAGGUGCAGGAGCAGAUGGCCAACUGCCCCAAGUUUGUCCCAGUUGUCCCCACAUCCCAGCCUAUCCCCAGCAAUAUUCCCAAUCGCUCAACGUUUGUGUGCCCAUAUUGUGGGGCCCGGAAUCUGGACCAGCAGGAACUGGUAAAGCACUGCAUGGAGAAUCACCGCAAUGACCCCAACAAAGUGGUAUGCCCUGUCUGCUCAGCCAUGCCCUGGGGGGACCCCAGCUACAAGAGUGCAAACUUCCUGCAGCACCUCCUGCACCGGCACAAGUUCUCCUACGACACCUUUGUGGACUACAACAUCGACGAGGAGGCAGCGCUGCAGGCUGCUCUGGCUCUGUCACUCUCUGAGAACUGAGGGCUGCCGUGGAGCUUUGCUUCGGAUCCCACCUCACACCCCUUUUUGCACACUCGACCUUCCUGCUGGGGAAGGCAUGGAACUCGUUGCCCCCUGAGAAUCAAGGCCUCUCUUCCCUCACCUCUCUGGGCAGAUCCCACCACCACGAAGAAGGGGCAGAUGCCUCAGCAUCACUCUGGACUGGUGAGUGAGCAGAGCCGUCCGCUGCUGGGAGGAGAGAGGACAGGGGACCGUUCCUCAGUUAGGCAUUUCAUAUCCGUACACGGAGUGUAUACCUGUAUCCAGAUCUAUUUAUUAUUAGAUGCUUUUUGGCACCGUUGGUCUUCAUGCUCUUUGUUGCAAUUUGAUAGGUACGUAAAACUACGUUGCGUUUUAUGCAGAAAUGCCCUCGUUUCAAACUGCAACCAUCCACGUCCUUUUGAGGUUUUGUUUUCCUUUUUGGAAAAGGAAGAAAGCAGCACAGAGUGUUUUGUUCCUUUUUAAACCCCACGAGGUUAUUUCUGGAGACGUCGCUCUGUCCGUCCGUCCCCACGCUGCAGUUGGGAGCUGCCUCCUCUCCCUGCUGCCACACAGCCCAGCCCAAAAGCAGCAGGGCUGAAUCCCAGAGCGAGACUGCAGGCCUGCUGUGCCCACCUUGGAGCUGUGGACUGUCCCAGUGCGACUCCCACCUCCCUCCUUUUGUACCAGCUCUUGUAAUACUGCGUUCUGUUUUUCUACAUGAAGCGGCGUGACGCCUUUUCCACGUUUUAUAGAGCAGGAACAGAAGCUGUUACUCUUCACACCGCAAUAUCCGUCACUGGGGACGAGAGUAUUUUUAUGGGACAUUAUUAAGAAAGUAUAUUUUUUAACAAAGCAACAAAAAGAAACCAACCAAACGAACGUGCUGUGGAUUUGAAAUGGGAGAGGGAGGGAAGAGCUGGACCCUGGGCCUGCGGCUGGGACUCUGCUGAGCCACGUGAGCAGCUGGGCUUCCUCCUCUCUUCUCUCCAACCUGUUCUGUCCCCUUCUGCUGUCAGCUUUUCUCUGCAGGCAGCGAUGAGGCCGUGUCAGCGCAGUGCUGUGUUGGUCAGAGCACAGCCAGCCCCACAGCUCUGCUUCAAAAAGGACCUUUGGGAGGACAAGCAGCCCCUUUGUCGCGUGGCUGUGAUCCCUGGGCUGUUGGCUGCGUCGCUGGGCUCCUCAGGUUCCUGCUGGGUGCAGCUUCUCUGAACUGUGAGUGAGCUUCCUUCCUCUCUGCCCACAGUUUGCUCUCUCAGAUGCUUGUAAUUAAACAGCAAGCAGUGUUUGAGUGCUGGGCUGGGAGCAAAGGGUGCAGCCCACCAGGCUGGGCUUGCAAAAGCUCUGCUGGAAAUUGCCCAAGUUUGGAUUUUCCUCCAAACCCAUGGUGCUGCUGUAACCCUUUGGCAUGGCAGGGGAGGAUUUCCCUAGGAGGCUUUGUGCUCCUGCAGUGGCACUGUUAAUCCUUGCAGGCAGAGCUGGCUGCGUGGCACUGCUGGCUGUAACCCAGAGGGGCAGCUUGCAUUUGGGUGCAUGGUGAGGAAGCAAGAGGGUUUGGUGCUGCCAACUGGUGCUCAGUGCAGAGCAGCUGGGUUGGGUGGGGAUGUCUGCCCUUGGUGGCUGUGCAGAAUGCCAGCCCUAAUGCAGAGCAUCUGGUCCCCUGAACCAGGAGACUUCAGGAUGCUUCUCUCAGGUGGGCAGUUGCUGCUCUGAGUGAAGCUCCAUAGCUCCCUGUACUGGACAGGCAGAAAUCAGCUGCAGGGCACGUGCUGUGCUCCCGUGCCAUGCAGUGUUGGGGCAGAAGGUGCAGCUCUUUCUCCCCUUCCCUUUUGCCUUGCAGCCCUGCCCAGGCCAGCAGGUCUCUGUGCCCCACUGUCCCCUUCCUCCCUGCCCUGUGCUGUCUGCUCUGCUCAGCUGAGUGUGAGUGGAAGGGAGAUCUGCCUGGCACAGCCGUAGCCCUGUGCAGCAUAAUUCCCUUCCCACGUAAUGAGUUGCCAGCAGCUGGAGGAGAAGAGCUGCGUGUUGGUGCCCUGCCACCCUCUGGGCUCACACCAGCAAGGGGGCUGGCCCAGGUUUACCAAGUGGAGGCAGCGAGUUGACACCUGCUUCCCAACAAGGCUUUGGGCAGAGUGCUCCGGAGGGCAGCAGCCCCACUGUGUGCUGGAGGAGGUCCCAAGGAGUCUCUCCGAGUUGGACCCCAAGCUUUGCCCCCACAGUCCCAUCUGGGGCUGCCCCAAAGCUAUGCCAAAGGACAGCGUGCUGCUGGGAUGUGCCACUGCUCUGCUCUGGGGCUGUAUCUAUGCCCGUGGGGCUGUGCUGCUGCCUGCAUCCCCACACUCAGAGAAGCAUCCUUUUGUGGGCUGCCUGAGUCCUGGCUCCUUCCAGCUGUGCUCUAGCAAUACUGUCUUUUUACUUCAAGUAGUACCAAGUGUUCUGGGGGCCGGGAUCUCCCCUGUGCUUCUGGCAGCCCCCUGGCAGGGGGUAAGGGCUGGGGCUGCUCUGCUCCCUCUGUGCAGCCAGGGUUAGUGGGAAGCAGCGGUGUCUUCCCUACCCAGCACUGUCCCCUUGCCGUGUGUCCAGCCCAGGGGCUUUACCUGCUCCCACUGGAGCAGGGACAUCAGAGAGGAACCUAGUUGGGUUUCCUUGUCUCCUCCUUGUCUGGGACCCCCAGGUUCCUGCUUAGAGGGCUCUGCCUCAUGCAGCCCUCCAUUGGAGCUCUCGCUGCCUGCCUUGGGCCAUCUGGGACAGUGCUUUUAAUGCCUCUGUCUCCUUCCUCUUCCUCCUCCUCCUCUUCCUCCUUUUUGCCCCGGCAGUGUUGGAGCAGGGGCAGCAGUGGCUGCUUUUGUAAAGCACUUUAAGGCAGCGCGGGCAGCUCCUGCCUCUUGCACCCCUUGGUGUGGGGUUGGGAAUCCUGCUGUGCUGCCAGCCGUGCUCGUCCAUGUUACCCUGACUUUUUGCAUAACGAGUAGAACUUUUAACGAGACAUAAUGUUUUUUGAAAAAGAAGGAAAGAAUAAUAAUAACAAUAAUAAUUAUGAAAAUACGACGACGUAUUUGUAGCAAACCAUUUUUUCUCAAUAAAGGCAGUUUCAUCCA